AUGUCUUUAAACACUGCUCAUGCACCGAAUGGAAUCCUGCUCUUCACUGGCGAGAUAAUCCUGAUUUAUUGCAACGAUGUGGAGGUAUCGUUUGAAGGCCCAGAUGCCACGAAAUUCAAGGGGGCCAAGAAAGGACGCCUCUACCUCACCACGCACCGGGUGAUUUUCAUCAACAACAGACAAUCAGACUUCCUACGCUCAUUCAGCUUCCCAUUCGUCAACAUCAGCAACCUGAGCCUUGAACAACCUUUCUUUGGAGCUAACUACAUCAAGGGAAAAGUCACAGCUGAGGCGAAUGGGAACUGGACAGGCAAGUGUACAUUCAAUUUUAGGUUCAAUGAGGGUGGAGCCAUCGAUUUCGGAUCGGCGAUGAUCGCAGCAAGGAAGCUCG